CUAACAAACCAAAAACAGAACACUUUCUAAAAAUUCAUACACUGCCUACCAAUCUUAUUUCUUCUUCUUUUAAAAUGGAUUGGACCAGAGGGCAUAUUAUCGGCCACGGCUCCUCCGCCGCUGUCUCCGUUGCCAAGUCACGAUGUUCCGAUGAGGUUUUUGCUGUCAAGUCAGUGGAGAUAUCGCAAUCGCAGUUCUUGCAAAAAGAGAAGACAAUUCUGUCCGAGUUGAGCUCCCCUUAUAUAGUUAGCUACAAGGGUUACGAUGUUACAAAAGAGAACGACAAAUUCAUGUUUAAUCUUAUGAUGGAAUACAUGUCGGACGGUACAAUAACCGAUGAAAUUCGAAAACAGGGUGGUCGGAUCAAGGAGCAAUUGAUCGGGUAUUACACCAAGCAAAUUUUGCUUGGAUUAGAGUACCUACAUUCAAGAGGCACAGUACACUGUGACAUUAAGGGACAGAACAUUUUGUUAGGUAACACCGGUGCCAAAAUUGCCGACUUUGGUUGUGCUAGGUGUGUUGAUCCGGCAGAGAGGGACGGUGGCACAGCGGCUGUUUCCUCCGAGCCAAUUGGUGGCACGCCGAUGUACAUGGCACCAGAGGUGGCGCGUGGGGUAAAACAGGGGUUUGCAGCUGAUAUAUGGGCAUUAGGAUGUACAAUUAUUGAAAUGGCCACUGGUGGAUCACCUUGGACUAAUGUGGCUAAUUCAGCUUCAUUGGUUUACAAAAUUGCAUUUUCAGGGCAAUCCCCACAAAUUCCAAAGUUUCUGUCUUUACAAGCAAAGGAUUUCUUAAGCAAAUGCUUCAGAAAAGAUCCAAGAGAAAGAUGGACGGCUAAAGAGCUACUCAAACAUCCAUUUCUUGAGGAAUUAUCCCAUUCAAAUUCUAAGGCAAAUCAAGAUUUUGUCACAAGCUCCCCAACGAGCAUUCUUGAGCAAGACAUUUGGAAUUCAGUGGAGGAAACAGAAACCAUGGACUUUUGCUCAAUACAAACAGUUAGCUCAAUGGAUUCUGCUCUAAAAAGGGUAAGAGAAUUGGGUUUGAAUUCAGGAGAGCCGAACUGGAGAUGGGACGAUCAGAGUUGGAUUACACUUAGAAGAAGAGGUGAAUAGCUAGAAGAAAGAGAGGUAGCUCGUGGAACAAUGACAGCCUUUUUUCUAACUGACAUCUAGAAUUUCUAUUAAACGGGUGUACUACUUAAAAAAAAUGACUAAAAAAAUGUACAAAGUGAGAAUUGACCCAAUAUUUCUCUUGGUAAUUAGAUCAA